GCGCAGCCCCGCGAGGAGCCCGUGAGCCGCUCCCGAGCCCGUGAGCCCCGCGCAGAGCCGCCGGCUCCGAAGGAAAAGAAGCCCGCGGGAAGGUGACUUCCGCCCCACCUGCCCGAGUGGCGGAACCCGGCCGCGUCCGCCUCACCUCGGCGAGGUCACAGUCCGAGCCGCCCCCACCUGAGGCGGCGGAGGACGAGCAACACGGCGGCCCUGCCGGGCUCCGCACAUAAGCAACCCGGACCCGGCAGACGCUCUCCCGACGCCGCUACCCCGCUUCCACUCGGCUCGGCUCCCAACGCGGCCCCGCCCUCAGCUCCCUCAGGCCCCCCGCCGGGCGGGAAAGAGCACCAGACCGAGACCCUCCCUGACUCACUCUGCCACACCAAACUCUUCAGCCCCCGCGCAGUCGGCGCCAUCUUGCUCGCCGCACCACCACACAGCUCCUGGCCGCGCCCUCUUCAGAGGCGGCGCCGGUCUGCGUGAGCCGUGGACGCCCCUCAGGAGCCGCCCGGCCGCGGGCUCCGCCCUCCAGGUGGCGAGGGGGAGGAGGACGGUGAUCGAAGCCCCUUCCUCAAGGGAGGUUUCUCGCCAGAAGGCUGCUGGCGGGGCAAGUGAGGAGCCCGGCCCAUCGUGGAGCAGAACUGCCCUCUUCGCCACCGUAAAGCCCCCCAUGCACGGUGCAGCGAGCGAUCGGUUCAUUACGAGAUCCCGCUUCUGUCAGAGGGCGCGGGCUGAGUGAGGCCGUACCUGGGGGAGGCCAUACCGGCGGCCGGGGCAGGCGGUGAGGAAAACUUCGUGCCUCCUCAAACAGCACAAAGCCUGAGGAGGGGGAGCUCCAUGCCGGUGCGGAGAGCGUCUUUCCGCUCAAGAGAAAUCACAGCCUGAAAGGAACGUGCUUGUGAGCGGACGGAAAGAGCCGCCGUAAACUGAACAGCACGUUUCAGAUCUGAAUUGGGCUCGAUUAUUUUGUGGUUCUUGUACGUAUAUGUAGUACAGGAACUGUAUCCUGUAAAAAAAAAAAAAAAAAAGCAAACAAAAAACCCAGCUUACCUACAAGUUCAAGCCCGUGCAGGACCGAGCUGCCGCGGCUGCCCGCUCCCGGCGCGGGACGCAGCUCCGACAUGCGCGGUUCGGAGAGAGCAUCGCUGGAGCUCAUCGGACUGCUCCUCCACAGCCUGGAAGUGGUCUUUUCAGCUAACACAGGUACAUCUCAGAAUGGUAUUUUGGUUUUGCCUGCUCAUUUCUGAACGGGUCCAAAGGGAACGUACACAAUUCUGAUUUCUAAUACGUUCUGUUUCUCUAUGUCUAUAUAUGAUGUGACCUCAAGAAGCAUUUAUCUCAGAUGGUCCAAGUUUUCAGGAGCCUCUUCUUACAGAGUCACAGCUACAGCUGUGAAUACUGUAGGCCAUUCUUUACUGGCUCAUUUUAGUGAUGUGACACUUAAGAGCACUCUAACUUCGUUAAUUCCAAAUACUGUCUAUGCUAUACAAGCAGAAGCCAUUGACAAGAAUGGAAUUAUUCUGGCAGAAACACAGACUAUGCAAUCAACAGCUCCAGACAUACCUGUUAUUGAUCAAGCUUACUCAAAACUUAGCAAUAGUAUCACAGUGGAAUGGAGAGCGGUACCUGGAGCUACUAGUUAUCUACUGUCUGCACAGGAUGGAGAUUCCUGCAUUGAAACUGUAGUCACAAAAUCACCAGGUACAGUGAUGGGAUUGGAACCAGCCACCUGCUACAGGAUCACUAUCAGAUCUGUAAACGCGGGAGGAAAGAGCCGGCCUUCACCUUCCAGAAAAACAACAACAGUCUUGUCUGCUCCGAUUCUGUCUGUCAGCUCCCCGAGCUAUGAUUCCAUUGCAGUGAGCUGGAAAGCUGUGUAUAUGGCAGUUGGAUUCUCUGUGUCCCUGAUGAGAUCAGACGGUUUGGGCAGAAUGCUGAAGCAGAACACCACCAAUACCUCUUUCAUAUUUUCAAAUUUAGAUCCAGGAACUCUCUAUACUAUAAAAGCAUAUGCCUGGAAUGCCAAUGGUCUUCCUGGAGAUGAUUUCACAUAUAACCAAAGAACAAGUCCUAAGGCACCAGCAGAUGUUCAAGUAGCUUUCAAUAGUGGAGUUUUAAGAGCUAUUGUUUCUUGGAUGCCAGCAGAAGGAGCUCUGACUUACAGUGUGACAGCCUCCAGUGGACUCUUGAAACUGAAGUGUAACACCACUUCUUCCUCCUGCAUAAUACCAUCGCUCCAAUGCGGGUCUGAAUAUUCCGUUUCUGUCACAGCACAUAAUGACGCUGGAUCCAGUAAUCCUACUGAUGCAGUGAGCUUAAAAACCAUUCCUUGUGCACCAGGAAAUAUCUCAACUGAAGAAGAUGAACGUGGAAACUUGUUGGUAUCAUGGUCUAGAGUAAAUUUUGGUCAUUACUAUGUGGUUUUUGUGAAGAGCGACGAUGGCUUGGAAGUAUACUGCAACACAUCACAUACACAAUGCCAUUUCCAGUCAGACUGCGGUUUCACUUAUUUCAUUAGUGUCUUUGCAUAUAACAAGGCAGGGCAGAGUCCUUUAGGUGAUGUAUUCAAUUACACCACUGCACCGUGCUGCCCCAGUAACUUCCGAGCAGUGCUGGUGUCGAGCGACACGGUGGAGGUGAGCUGGUCUCCUGUCCGCGGUGCUGAAAUGUACGAGACCAAGGCUGCCUCGUGGAGGGGGACGGUGCUGUGCAACGACACAGCCACAGCCUGCACCCUGUCUGCUCUGCGCUGCAACACCCGCUAUAAUGUCACCGUUUACUCCUUCAGUGAGGCCAGGGGCAGCAACACAUCGUGUGCAUCUAAGUAUGUGGCAACAGCUCCCUGCAGUCCUGAAAUAAAAAAUAUCUCUAAGGAGGCUCUUUCUGUGAUCAGUGUGCACUGGCAAUCUAACAACGAGGAAGCUACAUACAUUGUAACUGCCCGAGGAGAGACUGGACUUUGGCAUUGUACAAGCUCUGGAAACUCUUGUACCCUGAUUAAUCUUCCCUGUGGAUCUGCUUUCUCUGUUAGUGUUAUAGCAAGAUCACCAGCUGGACAGAGCUUACCAAGCUACAGCGUCCCUUUAGAGACAGCUCCUUGUUGCCCUAAUGACCUGACACUAACUCAAGUGACACAGUCUGUAACAAAUAUCAGCUGGUCUAUUGGAAUGGGUGCACAGACAUAUGCAACGACAUUGGAGUCUCCAAAGGGACAGGCAAAAUGUCGCACUCUUAAAAACUACUGUCUCCUGGGAUGCAUCACAUGUGGCACCAACUACACGGUAUCUCUGAAAGCCAUCAGUGAAACUGGUUUGACAUCCUAUUGCACAUAUCAAGGAUAUUCUUCCAGUGCUUGCUGUCCUUCUGGAGUGAAGCUAUAUAGACUUGGCAGUAAUGGUAUCCGGGUGUACUGGCGAGCUUCUGAAGAAACAAUAAGCUACAUUACUGAUUUAUGCGGCUCAAAAGGCAAUUUCACUUGUACACCUAGCUCAGGUGUAAGUUACUGUGAUAUCACUGAGAUACCUUGUGGCGAUGUCUACACAGUGGUAGUAUCUCCAGCUACAGAUAAGAGGCUGAAGCUCACAUUUUGUCCUAAAAAAAUAUAUUCAGUAACCUGUUCUGGAAGCUCUGUUGGAAUGGGUAAGAACACACAGUACAUUCAUUUCAAUAGUCAUGUUCAUAGAAGCAUGUUAGCACUGUAUAAAAUCAAGUUGCAAAUAAUAUAUACUUGACAGUCAAAGCUUAGUGUUACGCAGGUUCAUCUCACACCUCAUCUUACAAUGCAUAAUUAAAAAACAUUGUUACCUGCAUUGCUGCCUGUGUACCAUCAUGCCAUUCUACACUGUCACAUGACAUUUACUGUUUAUCUAAUAGUACGUAAUAAAAGGCAGGCUUAUCUUUAAUAGCCUGGCCAUAUAAAUUAAACAAGGUCACUACUCUACAUGUGACUUACCUGAGUCCAUUCUACUUCAUUACACAAGGAUAGUUUCGACAGGAUAGUCUUGUGUUCCAUUUCUCUAUAUAAAAUUUCACUAGAUAGUUUCUUUUCCAUAACUGGAAUUAUCUUGAUUUCUGAAUUGUUACAGUGAUUUACAGAGGAAAGAGCAGUGCAGAACAUGUCUAGAUGGAAAUUCUGGAUCAGAUAGGGAGGUAAGUUAUCAAGUCGUAAUUAGAAUUGCAAUAUACUCAGACAUGUUCCUCUGCUAAAAUUUUUGGAAUUAGAGCAGUAAGCUUCAUCUAUUCUACCAAAUUACUGAUCAGUUGAAGUCCACCGUAUGUACCUCUUGUUGUCUACUCCUUUUAUCAACACUGAUUGAUUCUCUCAUUCAGUAAACCAUCUUUCACUCCUGUGUGUAAUUUGUUAUAAGAUUUUAUUACUUACUGCCAGAAGCGAAGCAAACAGAUCAAAAUACUGUUGCUCAUUUACUUUUUUUUUCUUAUCUAAGAUUAGUCCUUCUCACUUCCUCAAAGUACUAGCUUUCUGGGCUGUUCGUUGUCCUUGUCUCAGAACAACGGUAACAAGUCACUGCUGGCCUUUUUUCUUCCCCCCUCCCCCCCAAGGUUGAUCAUUUCCUCUUCACAGAUUUACUCCAGCUAUCCUGGAUGUUACCAACACUGUUAACAUCAUUCCCCCUGAACACCCUUUCCCUGAAGCUGGAAAGAUGAUCUGCACUUAAUUGCAACAGUCAUGGCUGCUUCAGGAUUAGGAAGAGGGAAGCUGGACAUUUAAUCUAGGACACUGAAUUUCAGCCUCAACUGAUAAGAUCACUUUUGAAACACAGCUGAACACAAGAGAUCCUUGUAAUCUCGAACUGCAAUUUUCAGUGUAAAGCAGUCAGUUCUGAAAAUUGUUCCAGAACAGUUACUAAUGAGUAGCUGUGUUCCAGACCUAAUGCGUACCAAAAUAGUAAAGGCUGAAAUAAAAAAUAAAAUUUAACAACAAGGAGCAGUUUAGGUGCACUCAAAACUAGUUUGAGACUUAAAUGCUAUUGCCUAUUUGAUAAGAAGUGCAUGUAUCCUACUUAAUAACUUGGAGAGCUAAUUCAUGAACUCCACUUUUUUUUUUUUCUUUGUUGCUAACAGUUAUUACUAACAUUAACUUCUUGGCUUUUGGAAAAGGCAGAACAUUUCCUCAUGCUCCACUGUGGUUACUUUUUCAGCCAAUGGAGACCU